AGUCGAUGGCUACGAUGCGCCACUAAACCUCAACAAUGCUGCCAUGAACGCACCUCUCAGGGACUGCGCCGGUACUUGGACCUAUAUGGGCUACAAGAUCUACAGCAACCAGCCCUUCGAUCCCCGCCUAUGCUCCGCCGCCUGCGACGCGCAGACAGCUUACAAUAUUGCCCACCCUCCUUCGUCUGGCAAGCCCUCCCUGUGUGGAGCAUUCGGCACCUACCUCGUCCACAAGACGACUUCAGCAGGGACCUGGAUCACUGGCCAGAUGUGCACCAUGUAUACCUCGGCCUGGGACACAAAGUACGCCAAGAACACUGGCAGUACUGACCCCGAUGGCACCAAGUGGACAUUCACAAACAGCUUCUUCUACUCCAAGCCGGACCGCCAGCCCAUCUGCAAAUCCUCGAUCGACUACCUCAAGGCUGAGGGCCAGGAGUUCUGCUCCUCCUUCCUCGCGUACACGCCUUCGUCGACUACGACCUACACCACUGCCACUCCUGCGGACAAGAUUGUCGUGACCACCACCUCUGUCACGACUGUCGCCAAUGGCUUUUCCGCAACCGUCACCGGAGACUCUCACUGGAAGCGACGCGGCCGCUUUGCCCGCCAGGACACCGCCACUGAAGACGCGUCCGAGCCUACCGCCACACUCGGGCCCAUUGACGCCACCAUUGAGACGAUUGACAACCUCGGGCCGAGCACCAUUGCCGUGUUGACCCAGACCGCCGAGGACGCGAGGCCCACGAACGGCACGGCAGCUCUCGACCGCCGUGCUGUCGCCACCCCCGCCUCGAUUGCCAACUGGCCAGCAUCCAGAAUCUCAGAGGCCUGCUCCGACGUCGCGACUGGUGUCGUCACUGUCGUCAGCACAUCCGUCGUACCGUCUCAGACCACCACUACUACCGUCACGGCAACUACUACUGGCCUUGUGGCCUGCGUCGUGCCUUCGCAGGUGGCCGAGUACAAGAGCCUCAUGCCCGUCUGGGGUGUGUGGGAUGCAGAGCUUGCGAGCCCCGGUCCCAACCCGUACGGUGUGUACUAUGGGACGGCCGUCGUGCAGCUGCCAUUCCCCUACUGUGCCUAUGGCGUGUGCACCAGCGUCAUCCAGGUCUCCUCGGACGGCGCGUUCUACUUCACCAACCCCGACAACCUCGGCGAGCAGAUCACCAUGAAUGUCUACCAGGGUACCGGGCAGUACCUCUACCCCGGAUGGCCUGUCGGUGUGUACACCCGCGUGACGGGUGCCGAGGGUAGCAGGCAGUUCACGCUUAGCUGGUACGCGGCGACCUACCAAUGGGGCCACGCCGGCAUGCACGUCAGCGCGACGUGGUAUGAAAACGCGCCCAAUGUCGUGUACUACAAGUACUACGACGCGGUCCAGGUUUACCAGAACCACCACAGCAUCUCGAAGGGCGGCGCGGACACUGUCGUCUGGCCGUCCAGCGACUUCAUGCAGGUGGGCACGCAGAUCAAGAUUACCUCCGCUCCCGACGGCACGGCCGCGUUCACGACGAGCCAGCGCAACCGGGUCGAGUGCUGCACCAACGGACCCUGGCACAGCUGCACCGAGUGGCAGCCCCAGGUCCUCUAAGGUCAAGACGGGCGACGCAGUUCUUUUGGCUUGGUUGGGGAAGGGAUUUGCCAAGUUGAAGAGUGCUUGAGGAGGUUAUGCCGGCAAGGAUUGUUGUGGGUCAUGUCGAUGAGACUUUUUGGGGUCGCCUUUUGUUCCUUUAAUUCUUAAUAGACCGUGUCUUGUUUGUAUGAGCCAGCAGUCUGUGUGUGAACCGUACGCCUUGCACGAUCCUAGGUGCAUGUCGGCCAACCAAGAGAC